AUGUCAUCAAAAAAGCCAAAUCCUUUACUCCCUUCGCACCAUCCAAAUCCAGGUUCGCCCGGUCGAAGUUCCCCUACAUCAAGUACCAGUUAUUCAGAGGCUAUGAGGCGUAACGGGUCAGGAUCAAAGGUGGAGAAACGGGAUGAUGGUUACUUUGCAGAUACAGAGAAGGGACAAGGAAUGCUUGAACACGCUCGAAGAUCAGUGGAGAUUACCCCUAACUUACCUGAUAGUAAAGCGAACAAACCGUUACUAAGCCCUACAGUCAUUAUACCCAUCUGGAUUGCAUUGUCUUCUGCUGUCAUUCUUUAUAACAAAUACCUCUAUAGCAACUUGGAAUAUCCUUAUCCUAUAUUUAUUACCUCAUACCAUCUUGGCUGUGCAGCGUUGGGAACACGAGUGCUUCGAGCUACAACUCAUUUAAUGGAUGGUCUGGACAAGAUUGAAAUGACCAGAGAUUUGUACCUCAAAUCGAUCUUACCUAUAGGCGUAUUGUUUUCGGGUUCUCUGAUCUUGAGCAACACCGCUUAUCUGACACUGAGUGUGUCUUUCAUCCAAAUGCUCAAGGCUUUCACCCCCGUUGCCAUUUUGCUCAUCUCAGCUAUAUUCAAAUUACAAGUCUUGUCCUCAAGACUGGUUCUAAUUGUCAUAUUAAUAUCAACAGGAUGUGCUCUUGCUGCAUACGGAGAAGUACAUUUCCAAAUGUUCGGGUUCUUAUGUCAGGUCAGCGCAGUAGCUUUCGAAUCAUCACGGUUGGUCAUGAUCCAGAUUCUGCUACAAGGGCUGAAGAUGGACCCCUUGUGCUCUUUACAUUAUUAUGCUCCUGUCUGCUCAAUAAUCAACGCUUGUUUCCUCCCAUUCACAGAAGGUCUUGCACCUUUCCGUGAAUUCAUGCGUAUUGGUCCGAUGGUCAUGUUAUCGAACGCUGCUGUAGCGUUUGGAUUGAAUGUAGCGGCCGUCUUCUUGAUCGGUGCAGCAGGAGGAUUAGUAUUGACCCUAGCUGGUGUUUUCAAGGAUAUUCUGUUGAUCAGUAGUAGUGUAAUCUUCUUCGGAAGCCCAAUUACUCCCAUUCAGAUUUUCGGAUAUUCACUCGCUUUGGGAGGUAUGGUAGCUUACAAGACUGCUAACAAGUAA